CUUCUGUAAUUUCUUCAACUUGGUACUUCUUCAGGGUGGGCUCCUCGCACGGCGAGGCCUCCUUUCUUCAUUCCUCCAGUCUUGCAAAUCCACGAUUCCCUGCUACACGUCAAACCCCGCAUCCACGACAUAAUAUCGACCAUCUGGGACCCGAAAAGAUCGACCGAAAGCUUGAGCACAAAGCGAGGCAUUGUUGCUAGAACUAUCCGCGCCUGCUAGAAUAUACGAGAAGGUUCUGUUACUUUUGACUGCUGCAAAUACAUUCUGCGUGAUAUUGCCAUUGCAGUCCCUCCAGCGCUGUCCAUCCAUCCCGAUCCUUAGCACCUGCGUCAACCUUGCCAGUAUCGAGAAGCAGCUUAACAACCGCCUCAUGCCCAUUCUCUGCCGCCAUAUCCAGCGCUGUCCGUCCAGUCCAAGUUUGAACAUUUGCGUCAACCUUGCCAGUAUCGAGAAGCAACUUAACAACCGCCUCAUGCCCCUUCUCUGCUGCCAUAUGCAGCGCUGUCCAUUCAUACCGGUCCUUAGCACCUGCGUCAACCUUGCCAGUAUCGAGAAGCAGCUUAACAACCGCCUUAUGCCCAUUCUCUGCCGCCAUAUGCAGCGCUGUCCGUCCAGCCCAAGUUUGAACAUUUGCGUCAACCUUGCCAGUAUCGAGAAGCAACUUAACAACCGCCUCAUGCCCAUUCUUCGCCGCCAUAUCCAGCGCUGCCCAUCCAUCCCAAUCCUUAGGAUCUGCGUCAACCUUGCCAGUAUCGAGAAGCAGCUUAAUAACCGCUUUACGCCUAUUCUCUGCCGCCAUAUGCAGCGCUGUCCAUUCAUACCGGUCCUUAGCACCUGCGUCAACCUUGCCAGUAUCGAGAAGCAGCUUAACAACCGCCUCAUGCCCAUUCUUCGCCGCCCAAUGCAGCGCUGUCCGUUCAUACCAGUCCUUAGCACCUGCGUCAACCUUGCCAGUAUCGAGAAGCAGUUUAACAACCGCCUCAUGCCCAUUCUUCGCCGCCCAAUGCAGCGCUGUCCAUUCAUACCGCGCUGUCCGUCCAUCCUGGUUCUUAAGAUCUGCGUUAACCUUGCCAAUAACGAGAAGCAGCUUAACAACCGCCUCAUGCCCAUUCUUCGCCGCCAUAUCCAGCGCUGUCCAUCCAUCCCGAUCCUUAGGAUCUGCGUCAACCUUGCCAGUAUCGAGAAGCAGCUUAAUAGCCGCCUCGUGCCCAUUCUCUGCCGCCAUAUGCAGCGCUGUCCGUUCAUACCAGUCCUUAGCACCUGCGUCAACCUUGCCAGUAUCGAGAAGCAGCUUAACAACCGCCUCAUGCCCAUUCCCUGCCGCCCUAUGCAGCGCUGUCCGUUUAUACCAGUCCUGAGCAUCUGCGUCAACCUUGCCAGUAUCGAGAAGCAGUUUAACAACCGCCUCAUGCCCAUUCUUCGCCGCUAUAUGCAGCGCUGUCCAUCCAUCCCUAUCCUGAGCAUCUGCGUCAACCUUGCCAGUAUUGAGAAGCAGCUUAACAACCGCCUCAUGCCCAUUCUCUGCCGCCCAAUGCAGCGCUGUCCGUUCAUCCCGGUCCUUAGCACCUGCGUCAACCUUGCCAGUAUCGAGAAGCAGCUUAACAACCGCCUCAUGCCCAUUCUUCGCCGCCCAAUCACCUGCGUCAACCUUGCCAGUAUCGAGAAGCAGCUUAACAACCGCCUUAUGCCCAUUCUUCGCCGCUAUAUGCAGCGCUGUCCGUUCAUCCCGGUCCUUAGCAUCUGCGUCAACCUUGCCAGUAUCGAGAAGCAGCUUAAUAACCGCCUCGUGCCCAUUCUCUGCCGCCAUAUGCAGCGCUGUCCGUUCAUCCCCGUCCUGAGCAUCUGCGUCAACCUUGCCAAUAUCGAGAAGUAG